GUUUUGCUGCAAGGUGGCAACUUUCCCAAUGUACUCAGACGCAACACAUACAAGCACGUGGUGCACGAAAAUACAUACGCCCACAUGCUGAAACGCUACACUACCAACAACAAAAUAAACAAACUGUACAAGGUGACGACGGCCCAACACGCUGAGUAGCUAGAAAAAUCCAAUUAACCCGCUCAGCCAUGCCUAAAGAAACUCUAGCCAAUUAAUAAACAUCUGCAAAUGUAAAUCGAGGUACACGUCGCGUUUUGUUUCCGUCGCCAUCGCUAGCUUGCGCUAAGUUUCAAUUUCCCCAUCUAUUAUUGCCCGAUACUUACAGAUAUCCGAGCUGAUUAUGCAAUUUUGUGCGUCAGAAAAAUAAUACACAGCCUCCUACUGGGUAAAAAAUACACUAAACACUACAAAUUUUCGACAAACGUGCACCACCGCCUAAACAGCUGUGUUUAUGGAAGAAGAAGAAUGCAAACACAUGGAUUUGAAAUUAGAUGCAAAAACAACAAUGACUGCUGAGAAUAUGUUUGGCAGCCAAGUGGUUGAUGAAUCUGAACUUUCCACAAAUAAAAACAGAACCAUGCGCUUGGGCCUCUGUGAAGUCUGCGCACGCAUCGAAGCGCGCUAUUGUUGCCCUAAAUGUGAGGUGAAGACCUGCUGUUUAGCCUGCGUACAAAUCCACAAGCGCGAACUGAAAUGUGACGGAAUACGAGAUCGUACAAAGUAUUUACCACUUCAUGAGAUGACGGCGCGUGAGUUUAUGAGCGACUACUGCUUCCUGGAGGAGUGUACGCGCUUCACCGAGGAUCGCAAGCGGGACAAGAUCAAGCGCUACACUCGACAACAGGCAAUGGUACCGUUGCCACAGCAUCGCAUGCGUUCGGCAGCUCUAGAGCGUGGUACACGUCUGCAUCUGCUUCUACCCAACUUUACGCGGCACAAGCAGAACACAACCUAUCUGAACUGGAAGUUAAAUCGUUUAUACUGGCGCGUCGAAUGGGUCUUUUUGAAUGCAUCUGUGCCCAGCACUGGUGGUGAUGACGUUGCACCCGCUCGCUUUGUCGACGCACGGUGCGACGAGCAGCAGACACUAGCAGAGCUCUUACUUAAAUAUGUGGAUCUGGAGCAGGAUAUGGCGCGGGAGCAGCACAAGCUUUUGUGCUACUACCAGAGUGCCGGCAUUGCCAAAUUACAUGCUCUACUGCGUGCCGAGGGUGUGCGCAACUGCAGUUCACGCUACUAUGCUCUGGAUAUGCAGAAAACGUUACGAGAGAAUUUGGCGGGCAAGACCGUCAUCGAGUUUCCCACCAUACAUGUGACGUAUGAAGAACAAUUGAUCGGCUAUAACAUCAUUGACAGUGAUGAAGAGGCCGAGGGAGAAGCAAACGAGGCAUCGGAAGCUCCCCAGCCAGGCAAGACAACGUCCAAGCGACAGGUGAAGCACCAAAAGUCAAACAGCUUAGAAGCUAAAAAGGUGAAAACAUCGCAAUCAAUACGAGACAUUGCGGAACUAGAAGCCGCAUUUGAAAAUAACGAUAUGCCCAGCAGUGGCGCCUCUGACACGAACUCAGAUGCCAGUGAUGGGGAGGAGGCUAAAAGUGACCAUGAAACUGCAUUGAAGUUAUUUUGAGGCUCACAUUUGUAUAGUAGAGCCAAACCAAACCUUGUUGGAAUCAGGGAAUCACAAAGGUGUCAAUAAAAAGACAGUUCUGUUGAGUUUUUCAACGAUUCGUAUAAUGGCUAUACCUGUGAUUUCUGAAAUGUCAGCCCUAAGGUCAUAUACAUAUAAAAGGAUAUAUGUCACUUGGAUAUAGUUUUCCAAAAUUCCUUUACACUUAGGUACUAGAAAUUAUUUCAAUACUGUAACAAGAUGUGUGAAAAUUACGAUAUUUACGAUGCUGUUUCUUUAUAUAGUCAACUACUUUUUAUUAUAAGAAAAUGCGUUUAAAUAUAUUUGAAGGAAAGUUACCACAAAAGUGUAGUAAAUUUGUUCACCACCAUCAUUAUAUUUCUAUAUUAAUGAAUCGGUGCUGAUGAGAUAUAACCAUGUAGCCAUUGGUUGGGAAUUGGCAGGCUCAUAUCAAAAUAAUCUUUUUAAUGAGUUUAACUGGAAGCAGAAUUUUUUAUAAAAUAAUUGUAGGGUCAUCUCCUAAUAUUAUUAUAUGAGAAA